AUGGCUUUAGGUGGAACAGAUCCUCCAAGAGGAAGUGCAGCUGCUACUGCAAACAUGAGGAGGAGGAGAACAGCCGGUGGUGGGGCCUCUGGAGGAGCAACUGGAACUAUGCUCCAAUUUUACACUGAUGAUGCCCCUAGACUCAAGAUCUCCCCAAAUGUGGUUCUUGUAAUGAGCAUUGGCUUUAUAGCAUUUGUUGCUAUCCUUCAUGUGAUGGGAAAGCUGUACUUUGUGCGUAGGGAGGCUUAGAAGAGAAAAGAUUUAGGUCGAU